AUGUCAAAUCAAUUCAAUAACCAAAAAAAAUGUAGAAUUAGUGGUUGCUCUUGCACUUACGAAAUUAUUCCUGGCUAUAAGGACCUGGGACAGUUCCGAUUGACGGAGGAGAUUUCUGCGAGGGUUGCAAAAACCAGACCGAAACUUAUCAAACAUGAAAAACCCGAACAGAAGCCGAAGGAAAACAAAUAUUCGAGAAAUUAUGUCAAGUCCAUGAAAAGGCACAAAGUUGGUAUUGAAAAUGGAAAGUUUACUUCCAGUUCUCCGAACUUGGUUCCCAUUGAAAUAGUUGAGGAAUUUGCGGAAAAAGAAAUAGGAUUUUGUGACAGUAAAAUGAUAGAAUAUUUUGAAUCACAAAUGGUGGUGAAAAAAAAUAAUGGUGAUAGUUCGCCAAUAGUCAAUAAUCCUACUUGUCUUAAUCAAUCACCGCAACCCGAAAAUAACCACACCGGUCAGUCGGCAAAAAUUAAUGCUAAUGAUACCAACCAACAAUCCCCCAAAAUAGGACGGGAAUUGACUGAAAGCAGAGAGCCAGAAAAAAAGCAAGCAGAAAUAGCAAAAGAUAAUAAAGAAAACGGACUCAAUAAAAAUGAAUUGCUGGUUAUCGAUUUGAAAAAUGUCAAAAAAAUAAUUUUGCGGGACGAUGGCAAAUUAGAAAUUGAGUUUGACAACACCCAAAAUGACAAUUGUUCAAUAAUCCAAGUUAUAACUGACGAGCAAAUAAAAGAUAACCAAGAAUUACAAAAAAUUAAAAAUUAUUGUCAAAAGAAUGACAAAAAUA